AUGAUACUUGGAAAAAUGCGUGAGAUUGCUGAAAGAUAUCUUGGCAAUAAAGUAAAAAAUGCUGUGGUAACAGUACCUGCAUAUUUCAAUGAUGCUCAACGACAGGCAACCAAAGAUGCUGGUAAAAUCGCUGGUUUCAAUGUCAUACGAAUUAUCAAUGAACCAACAGCAGAAGCCAUUGCAUAUGGAUCGGACAAAAUGAAGAACUGGAAGGAUGCUAAGAAUAUUCUUGUUUUCGAUUUGGGUGGUGGAACAUUUGAUGUUUCACUGUUAACAUUUGACAAUGGAUUAUUGGAAGUACUUGCUACUGAUGGUGAUACACAUUUGGAUGGUGAAGAUUUUGAUCAACGUGUUAUAGAUCAUUUUAUUAAAUUAUUCAAAACAAAAAAAGAAAAAGAUGUCGGAAAAAAUGCUCAUACAGUAGAAAACUUCGUCGUGAAGCUGAAAAAGCGAAACGAAUUUUAUUUUAGCGAAAUAUUAACACGUGCAAAAUUGGAAGAACUUAAUAUGGAUUUAUUUCGAUCAACAAUGAAACCUGUAGAAAAUGUUCUCCAAGAUGCUGAAUUAGAAAAAUCUGACAUUGCCGAUGUUCUUCUUGUUGGUGGAUCAACUCGAAUCCCUAAAAUACGACAAAUUCUUAAAGAAUUCUUCAAUGGAAAAGAACCAUCACGUGCUAUCAAUCCAGAUGAAGCUGUUGUUUAUGGUGCAGCUAUACAGGAAGCUAUACUCGCAGGUGACGAUUGCAUCAUCGAUGAAAUUGUCAUUAUAGAUGUCAAUCCACUAACAAUGGGCAUUGAGGUUAAAGAUGGUGCUAUGUCAAAUAUAAUUCCACGAAAUAGUCACAUUCCAAAAACGAACAAGCAGAUUUUUACAACUGUUCGCGACGAUCAAGAUACAGUGACAGUACGAAUAUUCGAAGAUGAACGACCGAUAGCCAAAUAUAACCACUUUUUGGGUGAAUUCUAUCUCACUGGUAUUCCACUUGCACCUUGA